AGGCCCGGGGUGAGCGAUGUCCCUGGCGGAACGGCGGCGGCGGGAGGAGGAGGAGGAAGAGGAGGGGGAAAGGGAAGCAGGGGAUGGGGCCGGUGCGGGGGAGGAGGUGGUGCAGAUCCGGCUGGGGGACAAGCGCUACCCGGUGUGCAAGAGGAAGCUGAUCGAGCAGAGUGACUAUUUCCGAGCGCUCUACCGCUCGGGAAUGCGGGAGGCAGGGCAGGGGCAGGAGGAGCAGCUGCUGCGCGGGGGGCUGAGCGCCCUGGGGCUGGAGCUGGUGCUGGACUUCAUCAACACGUCCUGCCUGGCCAGGCUGGAGCAGGAGGAGGGCGGCGAUGAGGAUCCCCCUUUGCUGGAGGAGCUGGUGGAGGCCGCUUCCUACCUGCAGGUCACGCCCCUGCUCCGCCUGCUCCUGUCCCAGGUGAGGUUGGGCAACUGCUUCGAGCUGCACCGCCUGGCGCAGGUCUACGGCCUCCAGGACUUGCACGACGCCUGUCUAGACUUCAUGGCCGCCCAUUACCAUCAGGUGCUGCGGAGGCCCGAUGCCCGGCCACAUCUGCUCCUGCCCCACGCUCUCCAGCAGCAGCUGAAGGAGAGGCGGAUGAGGGGCACCGCCACCCUCGUGGUCAUCGGGGACUUCAUGAGCACCUCGUCCCCGGGCCUGCCCCCAGGCUGUCACCCUCAGGUGGAACCCCCGUGGUCUAUGCUGAGGUAUGACGAGGAGGCGCAGCGGUGGCUGCCCCUGGCCAACAACCUGCCCCCUGAUCUGGUGAGCGUCCGAGGCUACGGGUCGGCGAUGCUGGACAAUUACCUGUUCAUCGUCGGGGGUUACAGGAUCACCAGCCAGGAGAUUUCGGCUGCCCAUUGUUACAACCCUUGCCUAAACGAAUGGACUCAGCUGGCUUCAAUGAACCAGAAGAGAUCCAAUUUUAAGCUUUUGGCUGUGAAUGGAAAGCUCUAUGCCAUCGGUGGUCAAUCCCUUUCCAACGUGGAGUGCUACAACCCGGAAAACGACUGGUGGAAUUUCGUGGCGUCCAUGCCAAACCCUCUUGUAGAAUUCUCAGCUUGUGAAUGCAAGGGCAAGAUCUACGUUAUCGGAGGAUACACUACACGAGACAGGAAUAUGAACAUUUUGCAGUACUGUCCCACUUCUGAUUCCUGGACCAACUUUGAACUCUGUGAUGUCCACGUUCGCAAGCAGCAGAUGCUCUCUGUUGAAGAAACUAUAUAUCUGGUAGGGGGUUGUAUUCUUGAACUUGGACCAAACCAGAGAUCCAGCCAAAGUGAGGACGUGUUGACUGUGCAGUCUUACAACAUUGCUACCAAAGAAUGGCUCUACCUCAAUGAGAACUCAUCAAAAUCGGGUCUUAACUUGACUUGCACUCUCCACAAUGAUGGAGUCUACAUACUGAAUAGGAAUAUCACUCUGUCUACGGGCUUGGAGCACCGUGCUUUUCUGAAGUAUAAUAUAUUUACGGACAGUUGGGAGUCGCUAGGACGCUUUCCAGCCUUUGGACAAAACAUACUGAUUUGUUCUAUGUAUUUGCCUGAUAGGCGAGAAGUGUAACAACAUCAGGUUUUUCUUUUCAGUUCAUUAAUCAUUCUUUGAAGAAAUAUUAUUCCCCCUGAAUAAUUCCUUUUUCAGAGUGCAAUGUGGUUGCAUAAUGUAGGCAUAAAAUACCAAUUCUGUUCUUCAAAAAGGUUGCACAAUUAGAUAUUGAGAGAAAUGCUUCUGGAAACAAUUUCAAGAUUUCAGUUUAAAAGUUUUACUGGUUUGGAUUAAAAUUUCACCAGGUAUUAUUUACAAUUUAAACAUAAAAUUAUUGUGUUGGUAGCUGAUACCAGAAUUCCAAAGGCAAAACCAAUCAGUCUAGUUUUAGUCUCCAUCUUAAUAGACAGUGCAGAACAUGAGCAAGAAGUGUAUAUUUUAAAAGCAGAAAUAAUUCAAUAAAGUAAAUAAUAAGUAUAAUCAAAAUCAGUGGGAAUUAUUUCUUUUCAAAAAACCCUUUUUACACAAGCUGCGUUCUGUCAAAUGCACAGUGUUUGAAAUUGUUUAUACUACCACAUUUUUGUAUCUUCUGCGGUAACAAGUGAGAUUCUCAAAGGUGCUGGGAACUGGGGUCCUACAAAGAAGUAAGAACUUCCUCUGAAUUAUUUGUAAUGAAAUGCUUUGCCAGGGACUGGAAGAAAUGGCCUAGAGGCUCAGGGUUGCUGGUUGGAUAGUGGAUGCUCCUUUAAUGUAAGUUGGCAGCAUUUAUUGCUACCAUUAAGGUACAGGGGAAAAAGCUGUAAAUUCAUAUGGUGAAGUUAGCUCUUCUUAUAAAGGUUUUAAGUUUUAGCUACCUUGUUGUGUUCUGUAGUACUGAGUGUUAAACAUCAAAUUAUAGUUGGCAACAAGCUGCAUGUUACAAAAAUGUACAAGAGCAUGUGCAGUGAUGAUUCAGCACCAGGCAUAUCCUGCUUGGUGAAAAUGACCUGGGACACCCAUCACUUCGUGUGGAAGGGUUGGUUGGUGUACGUGACUUCCUGACAAUAUCCCCCAAAGCAGGUUCACCUGAAUGUUGUCUCUUAUCUGUGUCACCAGGAGCUUGUUAGAGGUUACCUCAGGUUUGCAAUGCAAUGUUAUUAGUGUCUGUAACUGGAGCUGGUCUAUAACCGUGAGCUGGUCGCUCUGCAUGCUCCUUUGUGAGGAUUUAGGAAGCUCCCACAAAGUUACUCUCUGGGAGCUUCACCCACUUCCUGCCUAUUGCCUGAGAGAAUUACAGUCAUGACUGGCCCAUUUUCUUUUUGUAGCUGAGAAGUGCAUAAGUGUCUUCUGAAGGUGCCUACCUAGGUAUGGAAUGUGUGUCCCAGAACAAGGAAAGGAAAAGGUCUGGGUCGCCAUGGGAAGAGCUAACCUUGUUGGACAUGUGCUGAACACAUUGCAGGGAAGCUGGUUCAGCUCCAGCUGUUUGUCCACAUGAUCAGAUGAUAUUUAAUGGACCUGAACAUGUUCCUAAUUUGUGGAGAUAUCUUUUUUAUUUCUUCAUUGGCAUUCAGGUAUCUGAGGAGGAGGUGGUACCGAUGAUGGUAGUACAAUGGACCUUGGUUCUCUCAAGGUCCUUUUGACUCCCUACUUUUCCAUGGUUUUGAAUGAAAUCAGUGCUGGUUGAAAGUGCUCUCAGUCUUAAAGUGCCUUGCCAAUCACCAUUAAUUCUGGUGCUUCCAAUCACCCAUAGCAACCCAAACAGAACAUCCCAGAAAGCUUGUCCAGAAUGAGGUAUUUGUGUUUGAACAUUUUUAGGAUGCAAGUAAACAUGACACAAGGUAUUUUGGAUGUCUAAGAUUUACCUUUUGGGUAGAACUUUUGCAGCCUCAUGGAGGACAUUGUGCUCCAGCCCAAACUAGUGCCCUCCACUGGAUGUAUGCAUGGCUUUAAUUAGCUAAGUCCAUAUCAGUGUGUUAAGUGUUAUUUCCUUUUAAAACAAUGCAUUGAGCAGCUGCUGUGUUUUGACAGCAGUAUCAGACCAAACAGUUGCUCUUCUGCAAUGAAGAAAUACAGUGACUUUCAUAAGAUUCUUCUUUUGGAAGUAUUUUAGAAUAAAUAUAAGCAAAUUGCUGUUGUCUGCUGA